AUGAUGGAAAAAGGCGCACAGCGGCCGUCUAAGAGCGCGGAGAGUCCGGCGGAGGACAUCGCCAAACUCAGCGACGAGGACCUGCUGAGGUGGAGCAAGCAGAAGCUGGUGCGGCGGCUGCGCCAUGCGGACACGGAGAAAAGGGGCGUCAUCGUGGAGCACGGCAAUCUGAUGCGGGAGGUGAACCGCAGGCUUCAGCAGCACCUCACGGAGAUACGGAAUCUGAAGGACGUGAACCAGAAACUGCAGGAGGACAACCAGGAGCUGCGGGAUCUGUGCUGCUUCCUGGAUGACGACCGGCAGAAGGGGAAGCGGGUGUCGCGGGAAUGGCAGCGGCUGGGCCAAUUCAGUGCGGGUUUGAUGAGAAAGGAGGUGACCAUUUACCUGCAUAAGUUAAAGGAGCUGGAGCAGCGGCAGUUGGAGGUUGUCCAAGAGAAUCUAGAGCUGAAGGAGGUGUGCUCAAUGCUGGAGGAGGAGCGAGCUGCUGCCACAGCUGCAGGAGGAGGUCGCGUUCAGGGAGAUUGUGGCUUCAGGAGCUCAACAGAUAACCAGAGCAGUCUGUCUCAGCUCGGAGGGGGUGGACCUACACCUGGCUUGCAGCGGGACGUCGGUGAUGGGAGUAGUACCUCAAGUGCAGGAAGCACGGAUAGCCCCGAUAACCACCAACACAAGCUGCCUCACCUGAACUCCAGUGCAAGCCCAGGAUCAGGGUCAAGGUACUCUUCGGAGAAACAUGGAGACAUAUGUGAAUCCCCUGGUAGGAGAAAUAGCUCCACACCUGAGUACCAAACCUUCCCUCAGUCUUGCCGACCCCGCGGUGGAUCCCUUACAAACCUAGAACCCUAUGGCCUUGGAGGACACUGGCUCGAGAAGCACAGUAAGUCCCCCACCAGACUACCUUGGGACUCUAACUCCAAACCCUACAACUCUGAUCUACUGGCUCAAAAACCAUUUCUGAUGUCAGGGCAUGUGUCACCAGGCUGCAGGAAGGGCUCGGCUAAGUCCAGCCCUGAGCUGAGUCAGAGACAGCGUCAGGGAGAAAAUCUGGGGACCAGCUGUGAGGGUCCGGAGACCCAGCAGCCAUCAUCGGGAAACUUGGAGCAUCAGAGGAAAGGUCGGAUGAUUUUUGGGAGCCCAAAAUCUAUGCGUCACCACUAUAAUUAUUAUCCCAGUCCUGGAGGGGAGCAUAGUGAGGGAAGAUAUGCCAGUGGCUCCCCUGGAAGGGAGAGGGGGCAGAGAAGGGCUGUGGAAGAGGAGAUGAGCCCCCAUCAUCAGAGUGUGUACAACGCAACUUCAAAUGAAAGCAGCAAUUCGCCUACCAUUACUCUCUGGCGACAGCUGCUAGAGCUCUCGUUUUUUCCCUCAGCGGUGUCUCACAGGCACAGACUGCUGCUGCGAGUCCUUCCCUCCUUCCCUCAGUGCUGUCUCACAGGUUGCUGCCUCGUUUUGAAAGCCCUGCAUGCAGUCAGAGCGAAGAGAGCAGCAAAGAGACCUGCUUUAUUUUCCCAUUGCAAAUGUAUAACACAUGCACAAUGCUGCAGAUGA